UUAUAGACACUCGAAAUCAAAGGGAUCUAUUCUAGGAUGCUACUAUUGAUUCUUAUAUGCAACCAUUUAUAAUGGAAAACCCUAAAAUUAAUUUAGAGAAAGGGGAGAAACACAACUCCCUCUUCAAUGUCCCCAUGAGGAGAAUCAAAUAAUCUGGAUACAAGACUUAUUUAUGAGAGAUUUCUUGUUCCAACUGUGAAUACAUGCGUGUGUGUAAGAAAAAAGAAAGAAAGAAGAAGAGGACAUUUUUGUGGUUGAGAAAAUUGGAGAAACCCCAAAAAGGAAAAAAGAAAAACAAAGUAAAAGAAGCCUACGGGUAAAACAGUUGACAAGGUGUACACGUGUCAGACAGAAGGGUCCUCUUGCUCAUCCGAAAGAAGUGACACAUGACGGCCAGCUUGGCCACUAUAUGCACAUCAAAUUUUAGACUUUCUCAGAAAAGUGAACGCUUCCGGGAGCAAGUAGAUAGAUUCAAUCACGCAAUCUCACUCUCACUCUCCGCCUCUGCAAUUUUGGUACUCUCAGAAGCUGCUGCUGAUGUAAUUAGGACAUGGAGAGUAUGCCGACGGAUCUUUGCCUGAAAAUUUUCUGUUGGUUGGAUCAUCAAAAUCUUGCAGCUGCUCAAUUGGUGUGCAGGAAAUGGAGAGACUUAGCCUCGGACGACAUGCUGUGGUCUAAUCUCUUUAAAGAAAGAUGGGGGAUUGAUCGCUCCACAUUUUAUGCCCCUGAAAACUCUAAGUCAUGGAAAGAUGUAUAUAUUGUUCAAGAUCGCUGUGAUCGAGUGGGAUUGGGGUUGAAGAUAAUAAGGGAAGGAGAUGACUAUUUCUUAGUUCACCAAGGUCAAAUUCAACGGCAUUUGGGUUCGAGACAACCAGAAUCACAAAUAUUCGGCUCAUUUAACUGGCAAAAUGGCAAUAGAGGAAGGGCAGAUUCUGUAGAUGAAGAGCAACCAUGUUCGAGUUCAAGUAUUUUAGACAAAAUCCUUUUCUUUAUUGGGGACAUGGAAGUUGCUUCAAUUCAUGCAAAACGAAGCCGGUUGCUGUAGAUAUCUCUCAACUUGUGCUGGAUUUAAAAUUUGUACUUCUGUUAAUUUGUAUUCGAUUCAACUGAAGCAAUUUAUAUGUACGUAAUUCAGACAAUACAACCAUCCAUUCACACUGAAGCUUGCGCCUUAUUCUA